AGUCUUUGAAACUUGAAACUGAAGUUGAGAUUCUCAAACGAAAAUCUAAUCAGAGAAGAUUAGUUGCAAAUUACAAUGUUGCACCAAGGCACGAAUGGAGUCGAUCGAGUUGACUUAACUCCGGCAGCCAACGCGGACGAACAUUUCGACAGAUCUGCUGAACUGAAACUCUUCGACGACACGAAAGCCGGAGUGAAAGGCCUAGUCGACAACGGCAUUACCCAAAUACCGCGAAUAUUUUACCGACCGCCUGAUUCCAGCGAGUACCCUGUUGCCGGAGACACCGAAUUGAGCAUUCCAGUAAUAGACCUCCAAGGCAUUGACACAGAUUCAUCCAAACGAAGUGAUGUCGUCAAUAAAGUCCGAGAAGCCUCUGAGAAAUGGGGUUUCUUUCAAUUGGUCAACCAUGGAGUUCCGUUGAGUUUUCUGGAUGAGAUUAAAAAUGGAACACUAAGAUUUUACGAACAAGAUACCGAAGUGAAGAAGCUAUUCUACACCCGCCACAACACAAAAUCCAUUGUUUACAACAGUAAUUUCGAUCUGUUUACUGCACCAGCCGCUAAUUGGAGAGACACAUUCCUCUGUUUCAUGGGCCCUAAUGUUCCAAACCCACAAGACUUGCCUGAAGUUUGCCGAGAUAUCCUGUUCGAGUAUUCAAAAGAAAUGAAGAAAUUGGGGCGAAUACUAUUUGGGGUGCUUUCGGAGGCUCUUGGCUUGAACACGAAUUAUCUAAGCGAGAUCGAAUGCGACAGGGGGUUAGCUGUUCUGUGUCAUUAUUAUCCAGCAUGUCCACAGCCAGAGCUUACUUUAGGCACAACUGAACACGCCGACAAUGAUUUCUUAACGGUUCUUCUACAAGACGACCAAAUCGGAGGUCUUCAAGUUCUUCACGAGAAGAAGUGGGUUGAUAUUCCUCCAAUUCCCGGAGCACUGGUCAUCAACAUUGGGGAUCUUCUUCAGCUGAUUUCGAACGAUCGGUUCAAGAGCGUGGAGCAUAGGGUGGUGGCGAAUCGGGAAGGUCCGAGAGUUUCGGUUGCGAGCUUUUUUGGGAUCGGCGUUUAUCCAACAUCUCAAGUUUAUGGACCCAUAAAGGAAUUGUUAUCGGAGAAAAAUCCUGCCAAGUACAGAGAAACAACGCUCAAAGACUUCUAUUUCUACCACAAUAUGAGAGGGUUGAAUGGAAUUUCUGCUCUGCAACAUUUCAGGAUCUGUCUCGAGGAUGAAAGAAAUGGUUAGUGGCCGAUUUUUAUUUCCGUUUAGAGGGUGGAAGUGGAAGAUCGACGGCCAACGGGAGUGUUUAGGUUGGUUUGAUUUUUAUUAUUAGUAUUAUCAUUUCUCAAAGCUGGUUGGGUUUGAGAUCUGUUAUUUGAAGUUUGUUAACUCUGUUUGUAGAUUACAAACAAUGGGCGCACAAUAAUUAAAGAGGUUUUUACAUGUUUUAAA